CUUUUUUUUUUUGGCACUAUUUAUAUUAACGUUCAAAUCGAGACAGACGGAUAAAAAAAAAAAACGAUAAAGAAAAAAAGGGAAUUCUUGCUCAACCGCGGCGAGACAUGUUCGCACGCGAAAGGGUUGUCGGUCGACAAUCUACUGUGCUCGCUGUCGGCUCGACAGAACGAACCAACCAAAUACUCUCCGACCAUUACCGAGCCCCACCGAACGCGCAAGGGAUACUGUCGGAUGCGUGCGCAUCAUGCCGCUUAGUCGAAAGUUCGUUCGGGUAUCUCCGUCAGUCUCCCCUGUGAAAGCGGAAUGGCACGAGAAAACCAAGCCAGGACCGUCUACGUCAGUACCAAAACCCUUUCACUUUAUUUAAGUUGCACACUAACCUAUAGACGACAUGGCAAAGGAACUACACAAAUGUUUGAUAAAUUAUUUCUCACAGUUAGAGAAAGUAAGUUGCAAAUGGAAUCAAUUGUCCGAAGAAGCCAAACGGCCUUUACACGGAUUAAAGAAUCAAUCAGAGCAACUCCGACUCGUCAUAAGCAAUGAAGUCGAUGAUGCAGAACUCUGUAAAAUAGAUGAGUUACGUGAAAGAUUGAUUUUUAAAAUUCUUAUGGGAAUCGACAGUGAACUUGAACUGCUCUUAGAUAUUUUGACACGAUUUAAUAACAUUAAUCAAGAUUUAAAAAAUCGUUUAAACAAUUUGGAAGAAGCAAGAAGCAAAAUUUCAUUAGAUGAAGAAACGAUGAAAGAAUUAAUCAAUGGUACACCUUAUAGACCAAGAUUAAAUUUACUUUUACAAUGGGCUAUCGAAGCUUUCAAUUACUACCACGAAUUAUAUUUGCUGAUCAAUAAGAACAUAAAACAAUUCAAUUAUAAAGACGAAGAAACGGUAGAAAAUUUAAUAAAGUCUUUUGUCGAGGAUCGAUUUAAAAAACCGCGGAUCGAACGAAUACUCUAUUUCACACAAUUUCUAAUAAAAGAAUCCGUUCAUUAAGAGUUUUUUUUUUUU